CUCUCCUGGGAAUCCUCCUGCUCUGACUGGGACCAUGGGAAAGCGAGUGGCUGUGGUGCUGGCUGGCUGCGGGGUGUACGAUGGGAGUGAGAUCCACGAGUCCUCGGCCGUGCUGGUGCAUCUCAGCAGGGAAGGGGCACAGGCAGAGUUUUAUGCUCCUGAUGUUGACCAGAUGCAUGUGGUGGAUCAUGUGAAAGGGCAGCCAACGCAGGAGAAGCGCAAUGUGCUGGUUGAAAGUGCCAGGAUAGCCCGUGGCAACAUCAAGGACCUAGCCAAGCUGGAUGUCAAGGGGCUGGAUGCCCUCAUCAUACCAGGUGGUUUUGGAGUGGCUAAAAACCUGAGUACUUGGGCUACCCAAGGCAAGAACUGCGUCAUCUCCAAAGCAGUGGAGGAUGUCCUGAAGGCAUUCCAUGCUGCCAGGAAGCCCAUUGGCCUGUGCUGCAUUUCCCCAGUACUGGCAGCCAAGAUCUUCCCAGGCUGUGAGCUGACAGUGGGUCACGACACAGAGUGUGAGAAAUGGCCUUACGCCAAGACUGCAGAGACCAUGAAGGAACUUGGUUGUAAGCAUGUGAACAAACACGUCACCGAAAUCCACGUGGAUGUGAAGAACAAGCUGGUGACCACCAGUGCCUUCAUGUGCAACGCCCCCAUCCAUGACAUCUACGACGGCAUUGGAAAGAUGGUCAAAGAAGUGGUCAGACUUGCCUGAAUGCCACAAAGCCACAGAAUCCAUCUCCUCUGGAGUGCAGAUAAUGUUCUUCCCCUCUCACAUCCACAUCUCAGCGGGCAGACUGCUGCUCAAACGGAGUUCUUCCCCCCCAUCGAGCCACUGGUGCUGCUGAGGAGGCAGAACUCCAGAGGAAUAUGAGUGCUGUCAUGUUCUGCCACAGA